UCAACAUGAAGGAGUCUUCAAGAAUGCUGAGUCAUGAAGUGUCAUUCAGCAACUUUCAAUUGCAACUUCAUUCAUAUUUUUACAAAGAUUUUCAAAAGUGGAUCUUGAACAACAAAUCUAUUCCAUCUUUAAGUUUUAAUACAAUAACAUUUGGUCUUCUAACAGUGGAUGAAGAGUUAUAUUAUAUUGUUGUAGAUGAUCCUUUCUCCAGCUUGGUUCAUAAUGUAUGAGGUUCUUGAAGAAUCAGCGAGUUGAAAUCAUCCAUCCCAUUUAUUAAGACCAAAAUGCAGCACUGUUAGACACUAUUUUUAUAUGUUGUCUCGUAAAGAAACAUGGCGAUGGACCAGUUUCUGAUUCCUUUUAUCGAUUUUUAUCUAAGCUACGCCUUAAAGAGGGCGUUCCCUAGUGUAGCAGUAACAAUACAUGAAGUCACCUUUAAAAUUAAUCCCAUUGGAACAUUUCAGUGAGACGGGACGCCGUUUGUAGUCUGAACAAACAUUUCUCUUUUUUAUUUGUCACUUUCUGGUCUUAUAUAUCAAUACAUCACAGUGCCACCUACUGGCAGCACCAAUUUCUUUUAAAGAAAGUUAUUACAGGGAAAAGUACAUGCAUAUUUAUGAAAGUAAUAUCUUGCAUUCUUUUUGUGGGAGUGGAAUAAAAAGCUAUCUGGUUCUCAUUUUCUUUAGAGAUAUUAUCAUAAUUUUUAAACAAAUGUUUUCUUCUCGAGGUAGAGAGGAAGAAAAUUGAUGUCAGAGAUCUUGCAGUUCACCCAUUUUCCCCUCCAGGUCCGACCAGGUCCGUUUACCAGUUUCAGGACUCGACUAAAAUCCCAGUGUUGUUAAAUUGAGAAAUAAUGAGCUCUGGUUAAAUACUCAUUUUAUGUAGAAAAUGAUCAAAUGUUACAUGUCAUACUAAUGGGACAGAUAAAGAAUGACAUUCACCGUCCAGCGCCGGACUCCACUUUAGCUGUGACACCAAGUGAAGCAAAGAUUAUAACACAAGUUGUGUUUUAUUUUCUCCUCAUUCUGCUCCCUCUCUAAGGUGUUGGCCUGCCUUCCUCAGAUUUUUUUAUGUGUGACUGUCACCAGUCUUAAAUGUUACAGUUAUGCAGCUGAGUGCGCGUGAGCAGAUAAACCAGAUAGAGAAAAGACAAAGAGUCCUUUUGUCCAUUACAAAAUGUUCCUUAUGAAUUUUUUGUAACAUUUCUUAUCUAUAAAAUCACAAGAUUCAUAGUUUCUUUUACAAAAGACAUUUUAGUUCCAUUAGUCUUUUUGUUUAACACAAAGUAGUGUAAGGGCUUUUUUCUAUUUUUUUGUAUUUAUGUUUGUCCUUAAUUUGAUCUUUGUUUUAACAUUUGCUCCACUUUACAUCAAACUACCUUUUAGCCAAGUUUACUAUCGUUUUCCCUUGAGCAAAACUCACUGCAAGCUUGUGCACUGCAGAAACAGUUCACAGGCUUAUUUUUAGUCUAGUCUAGUUUGUAGCGCAAAUCUCUCAAUUCACUUGAGAUAAGGCAAAGCUAACUAACAAAUAACUUUUCAGCAAAAUAGAGGAGCUGCUAGUUUUAAGUCAACUUCUUAUUAUUGAUGAAAAAGUUCAUGUUUCAUUGGCUAAUUAUUCAAGUUAUAAGAAACGGGAUGUUUGAUUUUUAGUAAAAUAAUCUGUCAAAGGAACAAGAACGUUUUUCAAGUUUCUUUAGAAUGAUGAGAUGUUACAUUUCCUCAGAUGACGGCGCAGAUCAGUGUCCGUGUUGUGAUUGGACAGAUCGGUGUCCCUCCUGUGAUUGGUGGCUUCCUGUCCAGCAGGAAGUUGUGAACAGAGUUUAAAAGCUGCUGCAAGACUGCAGACGUUCACAGGAAGCUGGACCAGCAAUGGCUCUGCUGAAGGUUCUGCUGCUGCUGCUGGUGUGGCUGGGUGUUUCAGUGAACUCAGUUGUGUCUCUGCAGAAGAGAAUCAUUGGAGGUCAUGACUGCGAUGACAAGGAGCGUCUUUAUCAUGUUCGACUGGAGAGAAGCAACGGGCAGAGAAGGCCCCGCUGUGGAGCAUCUCUGAUCCACCCUGAGUGGAUCUUGACUGCAGCUCACUGCUUUAAGUCGGAGACAGGGUGGUAUAACGUAGCAAUGUUAAAAGUUCAUCCACGGACUGCUACACAGCAGGAACAGGUAAUCGUGUACGAUCCUGUCAUUUAUGCCGACCACUUACCGAGGCACGACAUCAUGUUGCUGAAGCUUCGGAGACAAGUAACAGAUGUCCCACCUGUUCAGCUUCCAAAUUGCGACAAUCGUCUUAAAAUAGGCGACACAGUUCAGCUGGCAGGAGAGGGAGGAACGAUGACCGGCCCCAAUAACGAGCGAAUAAGAAGACCUAAUGUUUCACCACGUCUUCAGUGUGUCGACAUGCAAGUUGUUGAUGUUUCCCGCAUCGAGCCGAGAAGUGGGCAUGUGUUCAAAACCGCAGCACCAAACAAGGAUAUAUGUCUUGGUGACUCUGGUUCAGGAGUGAUCUUCAACGACAUGAUUUAUGGCGUCAUUUCUCAAGGUGCAAUAGACUGUGCAUGUCAGGAUCCAACUUUUAUCAUGGAUGUCUGUGAAUACAUGGAUUGGAUAAAACAAACAACUGGUCUUAAAUAAAACCAAAACUAUCAUGAAAUUAAAUUCUCAUCAAAUUUCCUCUCAGAUAUAAUUUUAUAGCCGUGUCUUCAUCAGUUUGUCUCACAGGUUUGUAGAAUUAGGAUGAAUUAAUAGUUUAGUUUUUUUCUCACUUGACCUUGACCUCCCUAAUGGAGCUUUCUCUUUCUCAGAAAUGAAAACUAAAUCAAUAAAUGAAAAUAAAGAAACA